AUGAUCAAUUGCGACGAGAACGCAGAUGCUGCUGGGAGCCACAAAGAGAUCCCCCCCAACAGUGCAGCAAAGAAUAGAAUGCACGAAAAAAAAGCAGAUGUGAGCGAACCUGAUGCGUAUGACCCAAGUGAAGACAAUACAAAGAACAAGGGCGUUUGGUAUAAUGCCAGGACCAAGUGUUGGCUAGCUUGUGUCAAAGGGAGUGGAAGACACCUGCGUGUUUUUUCUGUUAAGAAACAUGGCUUUAAGAGAGCCAGAAUGUUAGCCGUUGAGUGUAAAAAUUCAACCGUCAUUAAUUUUAAUUCUGUGGCGAACGGGGCCGAAAAUGGGACCGCAAAUGGGGCUGCAAAUGCGGAAGCCAACGUAGCGAGUGGCCAAACGGAUAACCCCCCGGGCAGCAACGCAAACAGCGCAGAGUCCACAACCACGAAGAAAAGUGGUGUGUAUGCGAAACUUAAAAAUGAGCCAAGGACCCUUGUCAGAGGAAGAACCAGAACAUACAGCUACAAUGAGACUGGUCGAACUCAUCACACAAAACUGGAACCACAAGAGUCCAUGGAUGCAGGAAGUUUAGCCACCAUGAAUAGUGAGAACGCAAGUGGGGUUACAAAUGCUAGUAUUAGCGCAAGUGCAAGCGCGAACGGUGCAGAAGAAAGACCGGACCGAAGAAGACGCUACAACACAAGGAGGGGUAAUAAUAAAUCACUGGAAGAGUUAAAUAAAAAAGAGGGAAAAAAUGAUAUGAACGAGGAAGAUGCUUCUUUUUACAAAGCGAGCAAUAAUUCAAGUGUCAAUGCUCCCACCUCCAGAGGAUACAAUAUCAGGGGGCAUUAUAACACCAAAGGAAAUUUAAACCUAAAAGGGAGUAGUGUCACCAAGGGAAACAAUUAUAAUAAUAUGAAACGUAAUAAUAGCAUCACGAAAGGGAAUGGCGGAAGCACCAAGGGAGCAAGUAACAACCUCAGGGGGGUAUCCAUAGCGAAGGCCUCCCAGGGUAAAACUAAUAUCACCAGGGGGGCAGGAAAUAAUAGCAUUUCCAAACGGCAGCAAGCCAAUGGACAGAACUUUCAUCACGCGGAAAGUUCGAGCUAUAGUUUAACCACUCGGAGCAGUCGUAAUUACCAUGCGACAACAGAUAGGUGCAGCAGCAACAGCUUAACUCCUGAUCAUGUGAAAUGUUACAAAGAAGAGAGGAACCAGUCGAUGCAAAUACAAAAUGGCAAACGACAAAGUGAUACCCUUGUGGACACGCGAGACAGUUACCAAGGGGAUAACAGAAAAAAGAAAAGAACUUUAAAGGAUAAGUUCAGUUAUCUGGUGAGGAAAGACAGUGGUGGGCACAGUGGUGGUGAUCCUCCUCCUAUGUCCACUUCAGCCUACCACGAGACUACUAGCCAUAAUGACCAUAACAGUUCAACCAGUCACGUCAACCACAGCACGCACAAUAUAUACAAGACACAUAACACGCGUAACACACGCAACAGCAGUGUACACGCCGUGCAGUUUGCUCAAAAGGGACAACACGGGCAGGGUGAAAAAAGCAACCAUGAUGAUGUGCAUAAUUUGGACAGCUUGAAUGCCCGCUCAAAUACCACACAUAACUACCGACAUGGCACUCACAGUGAGAGCUACAAUAACCCUUACGAUACUGGCUACCACAGUGCCUACCAUAACGCGCAUGCAAACCAGCAACAAAACCCAAGCGGGGCCCGUACCUACCAUAACACCCGCUCCUGUCACAACACUCGAUCGAGCAACAACACAGGAGUCAUCAACUGCACAGGGGUCAGCAACAGCACGGGAGUUAGCAAUAGCACCAGAUCCAGUAACAAUACAUGCAUAAUAACAGACAAGGAUUUUCAAAUUGAUUCCCCUGAACAAAACAAUGAAGACUUUUACUUCAUAAAGCCAAUGCACUAUGAGUACAGCGAUAACCACAUGUGCAAACAAGGAUGUAACAAAGCCACAAACAAGGAAGGAGAAUUUAAUUUCAUUUUUUCCAACGACUGUUACUCAGAUUAUUGUAGCCAAAACAAAGAUGAAUGUAAAGCCAACUUUAUUGACCUCACAAGAGAAGCCUUGUCAUUAAUUCUGCAGGAUUUAAAAAAAAACGUCAUCCCCAAAAUACCCGUAGGGAUAGAAAAAAGGGAGAGGUACACCAAUUCCUUACGCUUGUGUUUGAAAAGUGCUAAAUUCACCAAACACAUUAACGAAUUGGAACCCUACCUAGAGUUAUUUAGCGAGUGUAUAAAGAACAGCAAGCUACCGAGUCAUAUGGAUUUGAAGGACCAGCUAUUUUAUCUGGACAAGCUGUGA